AUGGCAAAAACUAGUUUUCUUUUACUCAUAUUCGUUGAACCCUCAUCAAGUUCCAUCACCUUUCAUUUCACCAGCAAUAUAGAAACUCGAGCUUUAUGGUUGAUGUCGAACCCUUUCUGUAUGUUAAUUCAGCCGGGUGGUGAAUGUGUAAAUGCAAAACAAUUUGAAGUGAGUUGCCUGAGACACGUGGCAGUCAAAGGCGGUGCUUAG